AUGUCAGACGAUAUUAUCAGACCAAGGGAUCCAACAUAUUCGACUGUCCCAAAGUACAUAGAAGAAGAAGAGAGAUAUUUUCCAUACUUUAGGGAUUGCAUCGGGGCAAUUGAUGGUACGUACAUUCAUGCAUCAGUCCCGAAUGAUGAUCAGACAAGAUUCAUUGGGCGAAAAGGCAUGACCACGCAGAAUGUGAUGGCGACAUGUGACUUCGAUAUGUUAUUCACAUAUGUGUGUGCGGGUUGGGAAGGAUCAGCACAUGACUCUCAAAUUUUUAGUACGGUUCUCUCUAAUGGAAACUCAAAGUUUCCCCACCCUCCCUCUGGAAAAUAUUACUUGGUUGAUUCAGGAUAUCCGAAUCAAAGUGGAUAUCUAGCACCGUAUAGGGGACAGAGAUACCAUUUAGAGUGGCACAUUUUAUCAACAAUGCCCCCUUACUCAUUUCGCACUCAAGUGAAGAUCGUGGUGGCCUGCGCAGUUUUACAUAAUUUCAUACGAUUGCGCGCAUUGGAUGACCCGGACUUCACUACAUAUAGUGAUGAUGACAUCACUCUUCAUGUCGCAAGCAUGGAAUCCAGUACCAAAGGAGUUGGAGCGAGCACUUCGGAGGACCAACCAUUCAUCAGUGAGGACCUAGAGAUGGCAGUUAUCCACGAUAUAAUUGCGGCGAAAGUGUUUGCAUCAUACUAG